AUGGACAUUACCGACCGAGAGCAUGGCUUCCAGGACGAUCCGCCCCCGGCUCGCCAACUCCCCGCCGACCUGCCCACGUCGCUCAAUGACCGCCGCCCCGUGAGCGCAUACUUGCCCGAAGAGACGGAGAUGUACGAUGCGUGGCAGGGCCAGUCGUUCCUGACCACGCCCAUGCCCGCCCGGCCCCUCAGCUUCAACCUCUCCCUCGACGACCCCAGCUUCGGCGACGAGGACAUGCAGCAGCUCGAGGACAGCGACAGCCGCCUCGUCCAGAUGCUCGCACACCAGGCCCGCCUGAAGAACGAUAACGCGGGCGACGAGGCCAAGGUGGUCGCCGACGACAAGCUGUCCCACCAGGAAAAGAGAGAGGCCCUGCAGGGGCUCUUCACCCUGGCCACCUCCAACGGCGAACUCGAGCGCGUCAAGCGCCUGCUCCAAGGCAAGGCCAGGGAGUACAUCGACACGGACGCCGUCGACGCAGAGGGCACCCCGCCGCUGGUCUACGCGAGCUGCUUUGGCCAUGACGACGUCGCAGCCAUACUCAUCCAAGAGGGCGCCAAGGUCGACAUACAGGACAAGAACCGCUGGACCCCGCUCAUGUGGGCCAUGACGAACCGACACAAGGGCAUCGUCAAGCUCCUGCUCGACCACGGAGCCUCGACCGACGUCAAGUCCUCAGGCGGUAGGACAGCCUUCGAUUUCGUCGAGCCCAACAGCGAGAUAUCAGACUACCUGCACGAGAGCGGCUACGCCAUUGGCAACGCAGGCGUCGACGACUUCUACAACGCAGGCCUGGAGAACGACCGGUUCGAGCAAGAGAUGCAGGAGAACGACAUGAAGCGUCGCAUGAUGAUGGAAAGCGCAUUCAACCUGGAAGUCGACAUUGGCAACCUGGGGCUGGACGAACAGCCAGAGUCUCCCGAAGAGCCUGAAGAAGGCCAAGACUUCAUCUGGGACCGAUGUCUGAACGACCAGAUGUUCGUCUUCCAAGAGAGCGAGCUGGAGCGCAUUCUCGACAUCAUCAUCACAAACAUGACCCCGCAGCGCUCACCCUCCCAGAAGCCGGUGCCUGCAAACAUUCUCUUCCUGGCCGCUCGCUACGCCCACUAUCACGCCAGCGCAGACCUGCUCGAGACGCUUCUUGUAUCGGCCAUGGGCAAGAUCAACCAAGUUGUGGACAAGUACCAGUGGGACAUGACCGUGCUUGCCUUUUGGAUGUCCAACGCCACGCUGCUCCUGCACUACAUGAAGAAGGACACAGGACUGGCUACGGCCGCCACCGAGUUUCAACUGCAGAUGGCCGAGCUCAUCAACGAGAUCUUCAUCCUGAUCAUCCGGGACGCCGAGCGAAGAAUGGACAAGAACCUCGAUUCGUCCAUGCUUGAACACGAACCGAUGCCCGGCUUCGAAGACGUGCAGUUCCAGCACGAAUGGAAAAUCUUCCGCUCGAAACCGAAAGCGAAACCCUUGGAACCCCUCGAGAAGCGAUUUCGGCCUCCCUCACCAAAGGCCAGGGCAAAGCCAUCGCCUCGCAACAUCACCUCCCUCCUUUCCUCGACACUCUUCGUCCUCGACCUGUACGAUGUGCAUUCAGUCAUCACUGCUCAAGUGCUGUCGCAGCUGAUCUACUGGCUCUCCGCAGAGAUGUUUAAUCGCAUCAUGUCGAAUCGAAAGUACCUUGCACGAACAAAGGCUAUGCAGAUCCGCAUGAAUGUGUCGACACUGGAGGACUGGGCGCGGUCCAACAACCGGCAACCCGAGCACUACGAGAACGGAUCGAUGACUUCGACCGGCGACAACACCGUCGAGUCGACAAGGAAACACAUUGAGCCGCUCAUUCAGCUGCUGCAGUGGCUGCAGUGCUUCACGUCCAUCGGAGAAGAUCUGGAGUCUCUUGUUGGCACGAUACAGCAGCUGACACGGUUAUCGGCGCAACAGCUCCUGCACACGGCAAAGUACUACAGACCAGAAGUGGGUGAAAAGGGUUUGCCCAAGAGUGCGUCCAAGUACAUUGUGCACCUUCAGCAAGCUGCAGCAGAACGCAAGACGCGGGCGAGGUCACCGAACCCAUCACAAAGAGGCGCCGAUGCGGAACCCACAACACCCAUCAAGCCAUCCUCGGGGGCUACGCUCGCGCCAGAGCCAUCACCAGCGCCAUCGCGUGUUUCUGGAGAGCUGGAGAGGGAAGAAGACGAUGCGCCGAGCGAACUCCUCCUGGAUCCAUCCUACAUGCUUCCUUUCUCACUACCGACAUCGACUGAUAUGCUCAUCAGCUACGGUGCUGGCUUUGGUGGCGUCAACAGGGAGCGCGAGAGAAAGUACAUCCCGACGGUACCGCCUGAGUUCAUGGCCAAGCUGGAUCUCAGCGGAGGCAGCAAAAACGGCGGGUACUACGAGGAGAGCCAGUGGAACGACCCGAGCUACGGGUGA